UACAAAAGAUAACAGCCCGUGAAUGGAUGUGCAAGAAUCCUAUUGAAGAAACGAUCGCAAGCCAAACCUCAACUUACGAUCUACCAUCAAAUCUAAAAAAGGAAAAGGGUUAUUCCGGUUUACCUGAGAGCGAAUUAAUGAAGCGUAAUUGUGGUAAUGAAGUUGGGAUUUUGACAAUGAGAAAAAUGGCAUGGAUGCUUUCUUUUGAUUUCGCUGCAGUAGCUGUGAAUGAAGAAUAUUAA